AAAUAUUAUAAUUAUUUAAAAACUUUUAUUAUUAUAUAACAUAUUUUUUUUUGAAACAAUUAUUAUAUAACAUAUUUAAAUCUGAGGACAUUUUCAACAAUAAAUGAGGUAUUUGAUAAAAAAAAAAAACAAUAAAUGAGGUAAAUGCUGGCAUCCCCCGUCUGGCUAUAAAUAUGGUGUGAACUUCUGAUGCUUCAUUAGUCAUUACCAAAUAACAGAUUUCUUUACUUAAAAAUCAUGGAGGAUCGAUUAUCCACCGUCAAAGUUCUCGAACAUUGCCGUAUCUCUCCACCAGCUGACACUGUCCCAGUGGCAACUCUGCCUCUUAACUUUUUCGACUAUCUAUGGCUCACUUUCCAUCCCCUUGGCCGUGUGCUCUUUUAUGAUUUUCCACAUUCCACUAGUCACUUUAUUCAUCACACAGUUCCAAACCUCAAAACAUCCUUGUCUCUUGCCCUCAAACACUUCACUCCCUUGGCUGGAAAUUUGAUAGUAUCUUCAAAUACUAAUUCCAACACUAACUACGUGAUUCGUUAUUUGGAUGGAGACUCGGUGUCUGUAACAUUUGCCGAGUGCACUGAUGAUAUUGAUUACGGAAAUCAUGUACGUGACGCCAACAUGUUGAACACUUUUGUUCCUCAACUUCCCUCAGCUACUAGUGUUGAUAUCUCGGGCGAGAAAUGUUCUGUAGCUCCUGUAUUUGCUAUCCAAGUAACUGUGUUCCCAGGACGCGCCAUCUGUAUUGGAAUCAGAAACGCGCACGCAGUUGCAGAUGGAAGCUCUUUGUUUAACUUUGCACGAGCAUGGGCUUCAAUUACAAAGAAAGUUAAUCUCCUGGACACGAAAAAUAAUAUUAGUGAUUUGAUAACGUCUGAGGGUUUUCAGAUCCCAAGUUAUGAUAGGAGUUCGAUCCAAGACCCCUGUGAUCUAGGUACUAUGUAUUUAAAAGCACAGGGAGCGAGAGUAAAAAAACAGGUCGAGAAAGCGUUACCUCAAAUGGAAUCUGUUGAUGAUUCUUCGAAACGCAAGGUUAAAGCAACAUUUACUGUAACUGAAGCCAAAAUCAAGGCACUCAAGAGCAUGAUAUCAACAGAACGGCCAACAUUAGCAUACCUGUCAUCUUUGACUUCUGUGUGCGCUUAUCUCUGGACAUGUUUCGCCAAAACACGAGCUACUGUUUGGGGAGUGGAGCACAAUCUUGAUGAGUGUCAGCACUUUAUAUUUGCUAUGGAUUGUCGUGCUCGAUUGGAUCCGCCCCUGCCCGCUUCUUACUUUGGUAAUUGCUUAGUGCCAUGUUGUGGAGCACUAACAGGCAGGAUUUUGGUAGGAGAUGAAGGCCUUGCAGCUGCUGCGGAAGUAUUGGGAAAUUCAGUAUCUGUGAAGCUUGAGAAAGGUCCCUUGCACGGGUCAGAUAUGUUCCUGGAUGAAUAUGCUGGAACAAUGAGGGGGGAAUGGACUAUUGGCAUAGCCGGAUCCCCAAAAUUGGACUAUUACAACAAUAUUGAUUUCGGAUGGGGUAAACCUCUAAAGUUUGAGUUUGUUCAAGAGCCGUUAUCGAUUUCAAGGAGCAAAGAUUCAAAUGCGGAUCUUGAAAUUGGUAUAGUUCUACCUCAAAAUGAGAUGGAUGUUUUUCCUAUUAUAUUUGCUCGGGGUUUGCAAAAUCUACACUGUUAAUGUGUUGACGAACCUUUUGCUUGAACGUGGAGAUCGGAAGCAGGCACAUGAGGCAACACAUUUGUGUACUGCAUCUUUGUGAGUUAAACUUUUAAGUCGAUUUCUUCUGGUAAUAAUUUUUGCUGCCUAAUAAGUAAUUUGCCAAGGUUCAACAAGAUUCUUAAGUUGGCAUGUCCACCUGCAGCAAAGCAGGCGGUGUACACGUUAUGUGCAGCAAUUGCAUCUUGUUUUUUCAUUUGUUUACAGUCUCCGGCGAGGCUGCGAGUCUGUGUGACCAAUCUCUCUGUGUUGAGUCCCUCAAAAAUUAGAACUGAUACCAAUGUACUGCACAGAGAUGGGCAGAUUGCUCCUCAAAAUAAACGAUGUGCACAAAGAUGGGCAGAUUGCUCCGCAAAAUAAACGAAGAGUCUGUUUUCUA